UUCAAGAAUCAAAAAUCAUAUCGCAUCACAUCCAUAACAAACAAAAAUUAUAGAAGCUGUCAUAUCAGUCACAUUUACAAUUCACUGUGCAAAAUUUACUGUUGUGUAAACAAAAAAAGCUUUAACUUCUUUUGAAAACAUCUUCUGUUGUUCUCUAAUAACAAAAAUCUCGGUAUGGCAUUCCAUGCAACCAUGGCUCUGUAAUAAACUGCUCUUUGCCUUUGAUUAGUUCUGCAGCGCGGUAGUGCACACCUUAUGUCACUUGUCUGUCUCGUCGUGUAAUCAUGAUUGUCUGAAAAAAAUGAUAAUUUGUCAUAAAUUAUUUUAGGUAUUUUUGUAGUUAUAUGUCUUAUAAAUGUGAUCAGUGAAUAUUUUAAUCUACAUUUCACUGUUAACCAGGCCAACCUAUCGUGCAUCAUACUAACAUUUGUUCUAUAAUUACAACCCAGAACAAUUCGUGCUGCUUUAUUUUGUGCCACUUGUAACUUAUUUAAAUUCAUUUCACUUGUAUCACUUGUCCCAGGUUUGCCCAUAUAUAUCCAUUUGGAGCCCACCUGUGCAUGCUGGUUGGGUAGUGAUAUCAGUGAGUCUGUUGGAUGAAGUUCACCGAUCAGUGAGAGACAGCUGGUGAACAUUAUGUGAAAAUAAUUCAGACUGCUUGUACAUAAUUAGGCAAAACCGACACACACACACACACACACACAUGGACAUGAACAUAAACUUAUAUAGGUGUUUCAGUAGAAUGAUGCGAUACGUUGGGUUAAAGCUGGAUGCCUUUUGAAGUCCAACACCCAAAGAGAAGGCUAUUAAACAGAAAAGCUCUAACUGGUGAGCUCUGGGUUUGGAGGAUGAAAACAAGACCUGAAUCCUCUGACUUCUAGUUUCCAGUAACAUGCUCCUCCUUCAGCAACGUCUAAAAUUUCUCUUCUUCAUUCAACAUUUUAGCUCCAAAUUCUGUCAGCUGGAUCUGAUUACAUCACACCAGUUCAGGUAAGAUAAUCAAACCGGAAGCAAAGGGAUUCCAGUCACAUUUAUACAGGAAGGGGUGGAGCCUCUCCCAGGGAUCAUUUGAUUGGUGGAAUUUCAAUAAAUACUGUUGCACAUUCACUGACUUAUGCUAACUUUAAUCGUAUUUGCUUUAUUCAUCUUGUUUAAGUUUUACAGAGUUGUUAUUUUCUUUGACACAUUUGUUUUUUCCUUGAUUAUUGCUUCUUAAUUGCACUGAUUCUUUUAACUCUUAAGCAAACCUUUGGGUUUAUUUUUGCAUUUAAAAUCAUACAAAUAAAGCUUGUAUCCAUACAAGUUUGCUACAAAUCUCAGAAGAAAUCAUAAAUGAGCGCAAACAAAUCCAAACGUCAUUGUUUGCACUCAUAUUCUUGAUUUGUCUGCAACAGUUAAGCUACCUUGAAGUCUGGAAGUUAAAAGGUUUAAAAAUCGCAUUAAAUCCAAUUAAAUUGGCGUUAAAGUCACAAACUUUCUUUUAGAAUGAUAGAGCGUCAGUCAUCAAUGACGUAACACUUCUUCCAGCUCACCAAAGAUGUUGCACAGAGACAGAUGUCUCACUACGUUUACUAAAAUCAGUCGCGACGGUGCAACGGUUCCUUUUUAACGUGGAUGUUUACAAAAUGUUUAUGUUAAAACGAGUGGAAUAACCUGCAUACAUCAGUCAGCGUGUUUGUCCUUCAACAGCCACCAUAGUGUGUGUGUUUGGUGUGGUUUCGUUCUCCGAGAGUGACGCAUUCUUUGAACGUAAACGAUCUUGGGCCACACGCCCAGCCUCAGUACCAGCGCAUCUUUUCUACACGGGGUGCUUCCCCUCCAUCACAGCCGCCAGGACCGGGACGAGGGCCCCGUGACGCGGACAAACACAGCUAGCCCUUCUGCUGGAUCUCUUCUCUCGCCCCUCGUUAUGUCUUUGAGCCUCCCGCCGCCAUGCCCGCCGCUGAUCGACGCCUGCCGCUGCUGCUCCUCUUCCUGCCGUCGUGGCUUCUCAUCUCCGGCCUGGAAGGGCCGGUAGGAGCGGUGGAGGAGGGCGGCGCCCUGGCCUCCUCCUCCCCGUCAUCCGCCUCUUCCUCACCCGGGAACAAUGGCCUCACGGUCGGUUCAGGACGGGUUCCGACUGCAGAGCCCCAGUUUGCCCUGAAGGUUCUCCUGAGAGAUCUGGUGACCCGACAGGCGCUGUCCGGGGCCUCGGUGGAUGUUUACAUGAACCACACCUUGACAGGUUCAGCCCAAGCUGGAGAAAUUGGAGAGGUUCUGCUCUGGGUUUCGUACAGUCCAGGUCUCAGUCUGACUCUGCUGGGUCAUAAGGAAGGAUACGUGCCCACUCCUCUGCCCUGGAGCACCAGCAAGAGGCCAAUUUUCUCUGCUGUGACGAUGCUGCUGCUCCCUCACAGUCAAGGCAACAUCUGGCUGUUUGAAGACUCUGUGCUCAUCACUGGGAAACUACCUGACGGCUCCUCCCAUCCAAAGGUCAAAUUUCCCAAGAACCUCCUCGCCCUCGCUGAUAACGGCAACAUCUCUUCACUGAUGGCGUAUCUGACAGUUCCACAGCACCACCUGGAGAAGGACUGUGCUAACUGCACUCCAGGCGUUAUCAGCAGCAAAUCAGUGCUUAGGAACAUCGAGCUGAAGGCGGUGGCGGCUGUCAGCGUCCUGCUGCGCUCUGGUGGUGAGGAGCUCCAGGUCCGGGGGCCCAUCCAGAUCAGCCUGCCUCUGGGGCUCGACACACACCUGAGGGCCUCCGAUACGGUACCAGCCUGGGCCUUCAACCUCAAAACAGGUGCCUGGGAGAAUCAUGGCCUGGGAAUAGUUCAAGCGGUUGGUGAUGAACUGGUCUGGACUUACACCGCCUCCCAUCUGGGAUACUGGAUUGCUGCCCCCCAUCCUUCUUCAAAAGAUUAUCUCGGACAUGCCAGCUCCAUGGAUUUCAUCUCGUACCACACCUACCUCCUGAUGGGCAUACUGGGAGGAACUCUGGUCAUCGUGAUUGGAUUUCUGUCACUGCUUUUGUGUCACUGCGGGGGUUCCUAUCGAGAGCCCAGGAGGAGGCGGCCACGCUUCUCCAAACUCACAGUUGUGAAGAAAGACCAAACAACCUCCACCCACAUGGAGGAGGGUCUGCUGUUCCGGUCUGGAGACAACAGCCUCGCCUCGUGCAACGUCUCAUGUGACUCGUCGUCCACAGUGAGGCGCAAAGCCAACUACAACAUCUACGUGGAAGACCCAGGGAGUCUCACUACAGCUCCUCCUUAUGAGAACAUCGCUGGAGAUCGGAUGAAAGGAUCGCAGCACCCACCUCACUACAUCAACAGCGAGGAGGCGGCUCGAAUACGAGACAAGGCGGAGCAGAAUCGGGCAAACAUGAAUUCCGAGAACUACUUUCAAGAUAAGCUCGUUCACAUCUACAACCAGCCGUUGGCAAUUAUUCAGGCUCCAGAGUUGUUCGGAGGUCAGGAGCAGCAGCUGUCGGGCUGCAAGUCCAACACAUUCCCAAGGAACACAACGGAGUAUGAUGUUCAUUCAGAGCCUGCUAAUAAGGACAACUACACCCAGACACUGCCGAAGGUUCCUCACCAUCACUCCCAAGGUGGAAGUGGUACCCAGCAGAGCAAUGAGGAUGACCCCCAGCCUCUGGAGACUCCGCCACCAGGACAAGGUCCGAGUGCCAGUGUGUGGGGACGCUACAGCAACCUUCUGGAAUCCUCCGUCUCUGUGCCUGGGACUCUCAACGAGGCUGCUGGCAUGGAGGCCUUUGGUGGCGGGCACACCAGUGAGCUGCAGGGGAUUUCUGAGCGCACCCUACUGGAGCUGACACGAGGCAAGUCCUCAUCGUCGCACCCCAGGGCCUGGUUCGUCUCUCUGGAUGGGAAACCAGUCGCUCAGGUUCGACACUCCAUCAUUGAGCUCCAGGGCCGCCACCGCCCACCAAGCAGCAACGACACCAGCUUGGACUCUGGCGUUGACAUGAACGAGCCCCAGCAGAACAUCCGUGAUUCGGAGCGAGAAAGGCCUUUGAUCAGGGGCUCCUCCUUCCCGCACCACAGCAGAGGCGGGAGGUACGGUGAGGAGCAGGACCUGAGUAGCAGUGAGAGCGGUACCACCGCUACCUGUACACCAGAGGACCCGUCCUUGAGGAACAUUUUAGAUGGGAGCAGCGGGGCUAUUCCCAAUAUUCCUGAAGAGAGGGAUGGAUUGGAUACAUCCAGCGCUCAAGAGGACAGCGAGUCAAGAGGGACACCUCCCCCUCGGCGACUGAGGAAGGUGAGAGAAAAAGGGACGGCGGAAAAGAGGAGUACCAAACACGUUCGGGAAGGUAGACCUCUGACAAAAAGAAGCUAGAGCUUACUUCACUGCAGACAUCAAAAGCAACACUUCACUUUUUCUCACUCUUCCUCCCGGUCCACAAAGGCAUCGUUGUUGUUCUGUGAUUUCACGACUUUGCCAAUGAAACCCUAAGCUAAGUCAAGGCACUGAAAAGCGUCUACAGCGCGGGACGCAACUGCUCAAACACAGCUUUAUGUACCUUGUUGUCUCAUUUUCCUAAAUCUGAACAACACCAGCAAGAUUCUUCACAGCAAGCUUCACAGCUCCCCGUGUUGGCGUUAAAGAGGGUGCCUUCUCACUGCCGACCGUCGUGAAACAAGAUCUGUGUGUUAGUGGAGAAUUUGAUGAGUUCACAGGAUGGACACCUAUACUCACCUUAAAAGCCUGCUGUGAACUAAACAAGAAGCUGUCCUAAAUCUCAGUGCUCACAUCUUAGUGGGAAAUCAUCAUGCCUCAAAACUCCUGAGCUUGUCGUGUGACCAAGCCCGACACUGAACCGGGUGCAUUUUAAACGUAAAAAAGUGUAGAAAACUGCCAUUUUCCACAAGAUUUUAUUCGUAGUUUCUUUUUUCUUGCAUGAAUAUGAAUGUUUCCUUGUGUGUGUGGACACAUUUUGCAUAAAGUUACCAAGAAAUAGCUUUUAGAUUGUUUAGCAACUGAAUGUUUCUCAGAUGAGUGCUGCGAUGCCAACUUUACCCACUGCAACGCUGGGAUUGUGACACUACAAACCGUAGUCUGAGUCCUUCUAUGUUCACUUAAAAGUCUGUAAUUCUAUUCAGGAGACCUGCUGCCAUAGGUUUUGAUGCUUUACCAUUAGAAAACCACAAUCGAAUUUUCUGGAUUUUUCUUGCUGUCCAGUGACUGAGCCUUUCCACUGGAUGCAUAUGUAACAUUCGCAAAGUGUAGUACGCAGCAAUUAACCGCCACUAGAGUGAAUGGGUACGUUUCCACCGGAUGUGAAGCACAAUUCAAUUCAAUUCUAUUCAAAAAUACUUUAUUAAUCCCAGAGGGAAAUUGAUUGCUGUAGUAGCUCAGAAUAAUAAUAAUAAUCAAGUCAUCAAAGAGUUGUUGUAUAUUACAAUGGCUGUUGGCAGGAAGGAUCUCCAGUAGCGGUCAGUGUUGCAGCCAAACUGAAGAAGCCUCUGACUGAAGACACUCUUCCGUUGUCGGACAGUCUUGUGAAGAGAACGCUCAGGGUUGUCCAUCAUUUUCUUGAUUCUCUGGAGAAUCCUUCUUUGCAUUAUCUCCUCCAGCGGUUCCGAAACUGCCGAAACUCUGGCUGAGUCCUUGAAAGGGCUUGGAGUUCCUCCAUCUUGUUGGCUUGUGAUCUCACAUUGCCCCUUACGAUCGAUGGAAGAAAUGGUUUGAAUUUCCUCUUUCUCUGUCUCCGUCCCGCUCCCGCUCUGCACCCACGUUUUUUACGUUUUAGCUCAUUUGGGAUUUGUGGCUUCAGCGGAGGUAAACAGAACAGAAAACCAACCUUUUUGAAUACAUGCUGCUGUGUUUCUCAUGUGAAUCGCUGAAAUCACGUGUGAUCCUACAAUUCUUCCGUGAUUUCAUGCCCUCACGGGACCCACUGUAUGGAAUGCUUCAAAUGCCGUUUCGCGUCUGAAACUCUCCCGGUGGGAAGAGUUUGCCGGUAAAACGGGUCUAUUACUUAAUGCACCACUUCUGCAUCCAGUGGAAAUCCUGGGUAGUCAGUCAGAGUUACCCCAGGUGUCUGGAACCAUUUUCAGUUUAGUCCACAUGAUCCAGAAAGCACAAAAGAGGAAAGUGUGUUUGACACAUUGAGCAAUUUGCUCAGUUUUUAAACAUGGCCGCCACUGAGAUACAAGCUUCAGUUAAAGACACUAGCCUUGUAUGAGUUGCGAGACUCUCCUUUGUGGUGCUGUAAUAUUGAAACAUUUGAAGAAAUUUUGCAAGACCUACAUCCUCUGAAA